UACGCCUUGGAGAGCGGUUAUAUGCCGCAGAAUCGGCAAAGUCGCGACACAUCGCGGCUCCAGUCCCGCGGCUAGUAAUCCAUACGCUUAUUAAAAAAAUUGCCUAAAAAAGACAAAGAUUAAGUAGAAAGAAAACGCGUGAAAGAAAGGUGAACGAAGUGGAAACCGAAAAAUAGGAGCAAACGCAGGUGCAAUACUCGUCUCAACGUUGUGACAGGAAACAACCAAGUUAACCUGAAAUAAUGAUAACAACAAUAAUAACAAUAACGAAUAAAAUAGUGAAAACCGCCUCAAGGAAAGGAAGUUAACCAAGAAAUCGAGAGAACAUAAUAAAACGAGGAAGCGAAGUAAAAAACCAGAAGAUACUCCGAAGGACAUCCACGGUAAUAAGGAUAAGGAAACCGAAAAUCUUCGCUUCGGUUUCACGUUCAGCUUCUCCAAAUCAUUGUGAGAGUGUCGUGAAUUUCAUGAGCACUUUCAAGAUCAAUCCCAGCCACGUGGGAUAUUCUAUCUCCGGUGCACCGUUAACGGGAACACGCGAAGUGAAAUAAAAAAAAAAAUCGAAAAAUCAGCUUCUCCAAAUCAUUUUCGAGUGUCGUGAAUUUCAUGAGCACUUUCAAGAUCAAUCCCAGCCACGUGGGAUAUUCUAUCUCCGGUGCACCGUUAACGGGAACACGCGAAGUGAAAUAAAAAAAAAAAUCGAAAAAUCAGCUUCUCCAAAUCAUUGUGGAGUGUCGUGAAUUUCAUGAGCACUUUCAAGAUCAAUCCCAGCCACGUGGGAUAUUCUAUCUCCGGUGCACCGUUAACGGGAACACGCGAAGUGAAAUAAAAAAAAAAAUCGAAAAAUCAGCUUCUCCAAAUCAUUGUGAGAGUGUCGUGAAUUUCAUGAGCACAUUCAAGAUCAAUCUCAGCCACGUGGGGUAUUCUAUCUCCGGUGCACUGUUAACUGGAACACACGAAGUGAAAUAAAAAAAAAAAUCGAAAAAUCAGCUUCUCCAAAUCAUUGUCGAGUGUCGUGAAUUUCAUGAGCACUUUCAAGAUCAAUCCCAGCCACGUGGGGUAUUCUAUCUCCGGUGCACCGUUAACGGGAGCACGCGAAGUGAAAUAAAAAAAUAAAAAAAAAAAUCGAGUCAAAGCGAAGGGAAGAAAGAGAAUAGGAUGAAAGAGGCAGCCUCCAAAGGGUCCGGACGAGAGGUGAAGAGAUACCGAGGAGACGGUCUGCGAUUGGAGGUGGACUCGAACGAGCAGAUCCUGGAGAUCGCCGGGGACGGUUGCAGGAUCAGAGUGGCCGAGAACCUGGGAAGUCUGCGGGUUUCCGGGGACGGAUGUAGCCUGAGAGUGGUCCAGAACUCGGGGGACAUCGAGUACGUCGGCGACGGGGGUCGGGUUGUCCUAGGUCACGGCUCCUCCAAGGCCAGGGUCAAGUACGUCGGCCAAGGAGGCGAGGUGCGCUGCGAACGAGACACCGGAGGUCUUCCGAGAAGACCGGAAGCGAGCGAUCCUGGCAAGGUCAGGAAGGAGACCGGAAGAGGAGAUCGGAGAGGAGCUCGAACGCCAGAAAAAGGCCAUCAAACGAAAUGCACGACGAAGACCUGGACGACCCUGGGGACGUCGUCUUCGGCGGAAGUGACCGUAAGGACAUACGUGCCCGAUGGGGUUAAAAAUACCUGGACGCUGAGGAAUUCGUCCUAGAAGAAUUGGGACUACUCGAUUUCUUUCGUCGGAACUCCCUUGGCAUUUAAGGGCUCGACUGGGAUUAUUAAUUAUUAAGAAACUCUGACCUAGUCAUUAUCUGUCAUAAAUAUUUCGAGUUAUGUUACGAGGAAUUAAAUUAAAUUGAGAGGAGAGCAGAGCAAGGAGCACUGCCAGCGAAGAGCCGGAAGUGAAUGAUCCUGGCAAGGACAAGAAGACCGAAAGCCAAGUACCACGGAAACGGGAAAAAAAACACAGGUGGACGUUCCGAAGAGCGUUGUACAUCGAUCGUGAUCAAUCGAUUAAAUUUAACCGAGCACAUGCGCUAUCGAUACGAGCCCGGAACACGUGAGGGGAUCAUUAAUAAACUCGAGUAAAUAAAAUUAGAUAAAACAAAACUGGACAUUCCUGUCUUAGAAUGCGACGCAAAAAUGCAACGAGGGGGAGACAAAUUUUAAUAAAAAAAAAAAAAAACUAGAUAUACGGUUACUUCGAGAACACCUGAGAACGUGGACAAUUGAGGACAAAUUGCAUGCAAUUUGCUCAAUUGAAGAAAAAGGUGCCCACGUGCCCUGUUACGUCAGGGAGACCCGAAGACUGUCAUUAUAGAUGGAUUCUAUUUAUUUAAUUUUACGUAACAGCAAUCCGUCAUCGCGUGGACUAUGUCAUCGUAGAUAUAAUAAUCUAUAAUUAAUAUUGAGUUCUGUCAUUUAAUUGUAAGAGAAUUCCUGCACCCAAUUCAGUUGACAUGAUUAGUUCUCCUAAUCUGUAAAAAAAAAAUCCUUGCGAUCCUUGCGUGCAAAUUCAAUGUCGAUUAUCGCCCAUUGAACACUCGCUAUCCGUAUUGAUCGAAUAAUUGGCACGCAUUGCGUAUGACUCAUUAGGCAUUAACGAAGGCGGCUUAAAAGUGCAGGGUAAAUUUCUGCGAAAUAUGACCGCUUCGUUCCAACGACCUCAGGCUAAAUAGAAAAAAAGAAAAUCUGUCCUCACAUGCGAUCCUCCAGAGACCUUUAUACAUAUAAAUUAAAUGAUAAAGUCGAGGCUAGUAAAUUAAAAUAAGAAAUUACUUUUAUUCAAUGUUACGUUAAUUUUAUGCGCAUCGAAAAUCAAGAGAGAAACCCUUGCGAAUGGUCGUGUUAA